AUGCCGCCGUCCAAGUCGGACCGUUUCGCCCAGAUUCGCGCUCUCCGUGCGGCGGGCAAGACUGGUUUCGACGACUACCAGGUCGAAGAGGCCGAGUCGAUCUACGAGACGGUCGACGAUGAAGGAUACAAAAAGGUCGUUCGCAGCCGUCUGGACCAAGAUGACUUCGUUGUCGACGACAAUGGCGAGGGUUACGCCGACGAUGGACGUGAGGACUGGCAGGAUGAGCGACAGGCACGAGAUGAGAGUGACAGUGAAGAGGAGCUCCCGAGAAACAGCAAAGCAGCCAAACGCAAGCGGGUAGACGAUGCCGAUCGAGCGGAUAAGCUGAACAAGGGUAUCAGCAAAUACUUCAAUCAGAAGCCAAGCAAUGCACCGAAAUCAAAACCUGUGCGAACCGCAGAAGAUGACGAAUUCAUGGCCGGUCUCCUGGGCGAGGUCGACACGAACAUUCCUUCGCGUGUGCCUUCUUACGGAAAGCCGCUCAAGAGCAAUGAUCGCCGCAAGACGAGAGUGCUAUCCCCACCACUGGAAGGCGAAGAGCGGAUUGCACAGCGUGCCAGGAAAGCGGGCAAAGAGCAGGUCGCGGAACUACCUGCACCAGACGACUAUUUGAUCCCACACAACGAUGACGACGACGACACAAUCAUGAGCGAUCCGCUGCCUUCAUCCCCAGCUGUCAAGGCAGUGGAGCGCAAAGAGCAAGCCAUCAAGGGUGAAGAGCCCGAGGAGGAGGACCUGAUGGAGAUCGCGGAGGUGACUGGCAAUGCGAAGCUGAAGAAUGCCAGCGUCAAUAUUCGCGGAAGUCGUCCAGUUCCGAAGCUCGCAAAGCCCGUAUAUCCGACACCCAGCAGCUCUUCGCCAGUCCGUGCUCCGGCAGAUGAUGUUGACAUGACGGCCAUCAACAGAGUCACUGACAACCUGAGUAUCUUGAGCAGCCCGGUUGCUGAAAGCGCCAAGGUUGGCAAAAUGGAUAGCAAUGAUGCCAUCGAGGACGACGGCUCCCUCCGCUUCUUUUGGAUGGACUACACAGAGGUAAAUGGCAGCCUUUGUCUGUUCGGCAAAGUCAAGAGCCGAAAGGACGGAAGUUUUGCCUCUGCGUUUGUCAAGGUCGACAACAUACUCCGCAAACUCUAUUUCCUGCCUCGCGAGUUCCGCCAGAAGCGAGGACGGGACACCGAAGAAGAGGUCGAGUUCAAGGACGUCUAUGAGGAGCAAUUUGUGCUUUGGAAGAACAUUAUGGGUCCUUGCUGGCUUAAAAUUGACAACGCCGAUUUCAAUGCCGUCAACAAUGCCUCCUGGUGCAAAUUGGAACUUGCGGUGUCCAAACCCAACGAUAUUGUAACUUUGGGCGACUCGGACAAUCUGGAGGCUCCCCCGUUGACUCUGAUGUCGCUUGCCAUCCGCACAGUCUUCAAUCAGAAGGAGAACAAGAACGAAAUUCUAGUCGCCAGUGUCCGAUUCUAUGAGAAUAUCUCGCUUGCAGACACAACUCCUGCAGAGAAGAUCCCCAGCCGCCUGUUCACCAUCAUGCGGCCACAUGGCGAAUGGCCAAUCGGCUUCAAGACUGAGGCAGAGAAAGCCAACCACUCGAUCAGACUGGAAAGAAACGAAUUGGGUGUGCUGAGCAUGCUCUUGGCCAUUAUUCAAAAACACGAUCCGGAUGCCAUCAUGGGCCACCGACUGGACGAUGUUGACUUUGGAAUCCUCAUGAGCCGUAUGCGUGAGCGCAAGACGCCUGGGUGGCAUCGUAUCGGUAGACUGAAGCGGAACGACUGGCCCAAGAAUGUCGGCAAAGGAGGGGGGAGCUUCUUCGCAGAACGUCACUUAGCAGCCGGACGCCUGCUCUGUGAUUUGGGCAACGAUAUGGGUAAAAGCAUGAUGACGAAUUGCCAAUCGUGGACUCUCGAUGAAAUGGUAUCGCUCUACCUCAAUGGCUUCCGCAAGGAGAUCGACAACGAAAAGGCGCUAGCAAUGGCCAGCAGCAAAGAAGGCCUGAUGAAUUAUGUGAAAAUGUGCGAGGUCGAUACCUACUACAUCGCGGCUCUCGCGUUGAAGACGCAACUUCUGCCACUCACCAAGGUCCUGACAAACUUAGCUGGAAAUUCCUGGGCACGAACACUCAGCGGAACACGCGCUGAACGAAACGAGUACAUUCUGCUUCACGAGUUCUAUCGAAACAAGUAUAUAUGCCCGGAUAAGGUGUUUGGCAAGGGUGCCUCGAACAAGAAACUGGAAGAAAAUGGCGACGGCGACGGCGAAGAGGGAGGUGCCGACGCGAAGAAGAAGGACAAGUACAAGGGUGGUCUUGUGUUCGAGCCUGAAAAGGGCCUCUACGACAAGUUCAUCCUGGUCAUGGACUUCAACUCCCUUUACCCCAGCAUCAUUCAGGAGUACAACAUCUGCUUCACCACGGUCGAUCGUAGUCAGAUCACCGAGGAGGACGACAAGGUACCCGACGUUCCCGAUGACACUCAAAACAAAGGCAUCCUGCCGCGACUGAUUAAGACCCUCGUCAGCCGACGACGAGAGGUUAAAAAGCUGAUGAAGGACAAGUCUGCUACUGAGGAUCAGCUCAGGACUUGGGACGGACGAGAGAUCUUGCAGUCAACCAAGGAUUUGGCCGAGUCUGCGCACGCUCUGCGAGUCAUCUACGGUGACACCGACUCUGUCAUGGUCAACACCAACAUGGGCAAGGAAUUCCAAAAGAGCGUCAACGAGCGAUAUGAACUGCUCGAGAUCGAGAUCGAUCACAUUUUCCGACGCCUGCUUCUCCACGCGAAGAAAAAGUACGCCGCAAUUCAGAUGGUCCAGGUUGAUGAUACAGUCUGGAAGGAGAAGCUGGAUGUCAAGGGUUUGGAUAUGAGGAGACGAGAGUACUGUCAGCUUUCGAAAGACACUUCAACCUAUCUCCGCUCGCUGGGCGAGAAGAUGCGCAACAACGAGAUUGCGAAGCACAAGUACACGAUUUAUACUCAGCUUGGCAAGCACCCCAAGGACUAUCCCAAUGGCGGCCACAUGCCUUCUGUACAGGUCGCUCUCAAGCGUCUAGCCAAGGGCAAGCAAGUCAAAGCCAAGGAUGUCAUGGCUUUUGUGAUCUGCGGCAACAAUGCCGGCAACAACGAGAGCGCAGCGAAAAACGCCUAUGAACUAGACGAAGUCAUGGCUAAAGACAGCGAGCUCGUUCCCGACAUUGACUAUUACCUGCACAAGCAAAUCCUGCCACCCGUUGAGCGUCUUUGUGCUCCCAUCGACGGCACGAAUGUCUCUCUCCUCGCCGAAUGCCUGGGUCUGGACACAACCAAGUACCGCGUCAGCAGCGCCAGUAAAUCAACGGAGCAAAGCAACGAGAUCACGACACUUGAAAGUCAGAUUCCCGACCACAUCCGCUUCAAGGACUGCGAAGCUCUUGGCCUGCUAUGUUUGGGCUGCAAAAAUCAUUUCGAAUACCGCGGCCUCAACUACAGCCAGACUUCAGACGAGACUCCUCUGACACCUGUGGGUGUUUUGACCAACGAUGGGCUGGCCUGUCCUAGGUCUGAAUGCAAAAAACGUAUCACAACGCUGGCAAUGUCCGCGCAGCUCGAAACCCAAAUCCGGAGGCAUACAGCUCGCUACUACUCUGCGUGGCUGGUGUGCGACGAUCCGGCUUGCGGUAUGCGCACACGACAGAUGAGCGUCUACGGGCAUAGAUGUCUGGGUCCCAGGGGUUUGGCUCAUGGAUGUUCGGGACGCAUGGCGUUUGAGUAUUCCGAGAAGGCACUGUACAACCAGCUGCUAUUCUUGCAAGGGCUUUUCGAUGUCGACAAGAGCGUAGAGAAGAUGUCUUCGGGUAUGAAGAUCGAAGGAGAUGGAGAGAAGAGGGAAAAGGUCAAGAUUUUGGCUGGUAUGAACAGAGACCGGUUCGCUGUAUGCUGGGAUGUUGUCAAGGCAUAUUUGGACCGAAGUGGCUGGGGUUGGGUCAGCAUGGAUGCACUAUUUGGAUUUGCCAUGAAAGGAUUGGUAUAG